ACCGAGUCUCACGAUUUGCCACGGAUCCCCGAAUCAAGAGGCUUGCUCUCAACCCUUGUCUUGAGUGGCCGUGUGAUCCGAGAAGUGUCGCGAGCAAAUCUUCUCUCUAGGCCGGUUAUCGUUCGGCUAAUUUCAUCGAAUCGUCUCCUCCUUCCUCCCUCCACUGGUCGACAAGGCUUCACAACAAAUUCCUGGAGUAUAGAGUCAUUCUCAACAUCGUGCUGGAUUCUCGAUGGGACAGGACGAGGAACCCUCCUCGUCCAAGGACGCAGAAGCCGAAAGACCCGUGAAGAAGAGAGCAUCACAGGCUUGUCACCACUGUCGAACACGCAAGGUCAAAUGUGACCUCGUCAAGUCGGGCGCCCCGUGCCACAACUGCAGUACUGAUGGCAUUGAAUGUAUUGUGACCGAGUCGCGGCGAAGCAGGAAAUUCCGACUCCAGAAGCGACAGCUCGUCCGCCCAGGAACCAUUCCUAUUCUUCCUCAGACCCGAGCUGUGUCAGCUACAUUCGACGACGAUCACUUUGCCAAAAACUCAUCCAUCCCGCUCGCUCCCGUGGGUUCUUUUCGAAGCCCGUCUAGUAACGACCGGGACUCUCCCAACGUCCCACAAAAUCGACCACUGAGAAAUCCUUCUUCUCCGUCUUAUACUCCAAUUCCAAACCCGUCGAAUCGUGCUCAGAGUCACCAUGGCGCCGAAGGUACUCCUUCCAAUUGCCAUGGCUCCUUUGCGACAACAAAUCUUCCAUCAUAUGUGCGGCCCCCGCGACCAGACUUCCGAUCUGAUGACCUGGAUUUCCUCGCCCGUCGAGGAGCCUUGUCUGUUCCGGAUCAAGUCCUACGAGACCAACUGAUCCGAUCUUUCAUUCUUCAUGUCUACCCUCAUCUUCCAGUAAUUGAUCUACAGGAGUUUCUGCAGUGCGUUGAUGGCUCCGACCCCGAUGCUCAAAUGAGCCUACUGCUGCUCCAAGCUGUCAUGUUUGCGGGCACCGCGUAUAUCGACAUACAGUAUCUGCAACAAGAAGGCUUUAGUGAUCGACGAACUGCUCGAGCAAUGUUUUACUCAAAGCUCAAGUUACUCUAUGACUUUGACUGGGAGGCCGAUCGCAUCACGCUGAUCCAGACCAUCCUACUUCACGCCUAUUGGUAUGUUUCAGAGAACGACCCAAAGGAUCCAUGGCACUGGCUUGGUGUCGCCAUUUCAUUGGGAAUAUCCAUAGGACUGCCCCAAAAAGAAGCCUACCCGAGCAAAGACCCAAAAACCCGUCGCUUGUGGAGAAGACUUUAUUGGGCAAUCUUCGUUCGAGAUCGCCUCAUGGCCAUCGCCACACGAAAGGCCAUGAGAUUCAAAGAGGAGGACCUUACCCUCUCGCCGUUGACACUCAAUGAUUUUGAUCACUUACCCAUAACAACAAACAUUCGAGCCCUUCAUGACUGUCAAAUUCUCAAUGAUGCUCGCACACGAGUCCUUCUCUCCGACCUCUUCAUUGUCAGUGUCAGCCUCAUGUCUCUGAUUGGAAAAAUUAUAUCCAACCUGUAUGUCCUCCAAGCGCAUGGGUCUUCGACUACAGAGGUAAUCAUGUCAUAUGCCCCCAAGAAGUCGCACAUUAAUCCCAAAGUUGUCCUUAAACUACAAGAGGAACUCAACCAAUGGGAGAGAGCAUUACCGCCGACAUAUCGUGCAGAUGUAAACUACGAUCAGAGCCAACCCAAUGCUCACUAUCUCCACACCCAUCGUUCUAUCUUAAGAUUAAAGUAUUUGUUGGCCACCGAAACAUUACACCGCCCACAAACUCUGUUAAAACGAACACCAGAUCAAUCAUUCCAAUUCCUCCAACAAAAGUCACGGACCAAAGUUCGCGAAGCCACAACUGAGAUGGCAGAGCUGUUUGAAUCGCUUCAGGCCCACGACCUGGUCCGACUGCUUCCUCCGAUCUCGAUUUCAUUCUUGCUACCCGCGAUCGCUUCGUUUCUCGUCGAGAUCAAGUCCUCGGGCAAGGGGCCAGACGACCCCCCGGCCCACCAUUUUCAUCAAUGUAUCCGCGCAUUGCUGAAUCUGAAAGAAAUCUGGCCUAUCGCUGAAUCCGCAUGUUUCUUGGUGGGGCAGAUGAUCACUAACAGCCAAAUUGGGGCUGCGAGAACCCUGGGGCAGAAUGAUCACCCACUUGCAUCAAACGAGGUCUCCCAAGAUUCUAGAGAGAGUUCGGCAGGACAAAACCUAGCGUCGGCAAUGGACCAAGACAUGGUACCCACGAACGAUAACCAAAGACUCCAGACCCUUGAGCAGCAAGCCGAGAUACCUGGCAUCGCUGUGCCAAUGAUGGACAUGUCCUACUCGCCUGGCAUCAUUCCUCUAGACCCUGCGGCUUGGAAUGAUCAUAUCCCCUGGACCAUGUCUGAAUUCGGAUUUGGAGAUGAUUUCUUCCUUGAUGACCGUGAGCUUUACAUUGAUCCUUCCAUGGCCGCUUUUCACACCACCGAGACGUACGAUGGAUCAAUGUUGCAUUUUGGUCACAACAACUCUGGGAAUUUGACAGCAGGCAUACAGGAUACAAACUCGUUUGGACAAUCUUGAUGAAUGCCAUGGCCCAGGAUUAAACCUCAUGACGCAAAAGAGGAAGAGAAUGUAUAAACAGAGGAAAGGAUCAAGGAUCAGGAAACCCAAUAUGUGGACCAAUCAGGAAGACAGAAUGCGAAUGGGAAAUUUGGAUGCGCACGUAAUGAGCAAUGAUCAUGCACCAUGGCGCACAAAGGCAGAUUGAUAUAGAGGCGUUCUCUGAUCAAGGGUCGCAUUUGUAUGGUCCUGCUACACCAUCUGCGAAUAAUACAGGACAUAUUGGGGUA